ACAAACUAACAUACCAAAAGGCCCCGCAGUUUGAGUGGGUCAUCCCAUCUUUUGAGGUUCCUUCUCAAGGCUCCUAUACCCAGAGCUUAGCUGUGAAAAUGCUAGCCUGAAAACAAUAAGCCCUCUUUCUCCGCUGUGAGGUUGGGGCAGUUAGAACCGUGAGAGUGGCGGUGGCAUUUCCACUCAGCUAUGUGGCCAUUAGCUGACUUGGAGGCCAAGUAACCUCAUUAGGAUUACUGCUAAGUUGUCCCGGGUUGCCAACAGGUCAAACCAGCUCUUUUCUUACUUGAGGAACUGAGUUGUAGAGAUGACGUGUAGCUUGCUUAAGGUUACAAAUGCAGCUAAUAAUGAUGGAAAAGUGUAACAGCAUUGCUCUCUUGUCUCCCAGGCAAAGGUUCCUGCAAACAUAUUCCUCUGAAGGAGACUGACUCUUAUUUGAAAUUCUCAACCUAUAGUCACUCUGAGCUACAGGACGGUUAGGGUGGUUCUUUUCUCCAAGACCACGUUGAUCUGUACUCACUCUGAAAAUUCACAUGGAUUAUGGAAUCCCGUUGACAUCCUAAAAUCACUGACAUCCAUUUGGGAAAGGCAUCUACAAGAUACUACCCUCAAGCCUGAGAGAAGUGAAUUCUAAUCCCGAGGUUUAGAGAGGAUGUGCAUGACUGCCCCAGAGAGAUUAAAUGUUGCACUAAACACCCUCACUGAUGAGCAGGAGUAUUCUUGGGAUUGGACAGGAAGGGCAACAAGCCCUGAAGACAGCAGCUUUUGUGGGGGUUGUGGCCUUGGACAGUGGAUCUGUGAAAGAGAAGGAAAAAUCUCCUGGGCUAAACUCCCGGAGAACACCAAUCGUUUUGCUGUGUUUCUUACAGCACAACCCAGCACAGUAAUACAAUUAAAGGACCCACGCACAUGUGUUGAAUGCAUGCUCACAUACAUGAACUGCUUAGGAGGGACAAUCCGGUGAACUGAGCAAUAACUUUGGGAGAGCUUUGAAAGACAGACGUGUCCUCUUUUCCUCUACUCUAAGUAUCAGGCAUUGUGCUAUAGGCUGAUUUUAAAGUGGGGACACAGAAAGAGAGGUGUGAAAGAUAAAGCUUGCCAUAAAGAUCCUUUACUUUAUAUAUAGUAUGAUUUAGUGUUCAUAACAGGUUAGGAUUAUUAUUAUUUCCAUUUUUGUUUAACAGAUGACACAACUAAGGCUCAGAGAGGUUAGGUGUUUUAUCUGAGCUUACACAGCUGGCAAGUGCCUGGGCUCUCCUAUCUGAGCCUGAGCCCUUGCUUACGCUUCCUCUCCCCACACUCCAGAAUAAUAUUCCUCUCUCCACUUAACUCCCAGAGAUCAGACUCUGAUGGGUCCUUGAGGGAUUCCUGCCAGGGAGUUGCCAUCCCUGCAACCUCCCACCCCCAUCCCGACCCCCACGCCAAGUAAUCUUUUUUCUGCUGUGGAGAGUGGGCCUGUAAACAGAUGAGGCCAGAAUCUCCAUUUCAGGAGCUUUCUCUAGAAUCUGUCCCUGUAGUUACUUCCAGUAGAAGUUGUUUCAGGAAGAGGUUUGUCUGACUGCAAUGGACAGUGGUGCAAUUCAUCACUACAGGAGGGCAGAAUCCACGACUGAGGGGCCACACGUCGAGAGGGGAGGGGCCAGGGGGCGGCCCCCGUGUGACCAGCCCUGAGGAGAGGUCAGGAGAGAAGGCUGGAUGAGGAGUGCCUGGACAGCCAGCAGCUGCUGACGUUCUAUAUCACGCGCCUGGGGCCCAAGUCGCAGUUCGAUUCCAGAGGCCUUUCUCCUCAGGCCUGGCGGUGAGCUGAUGGCCCAAGUUCUAGAAGCUUCCUUGCCCUCCAGCUGUUGGGUCGGCUAGAGCUUGGCAAGUUGGGGAGGAGCCUCACCCGAGGAGGCGGCUGAGAAGGCGGGGGAAAUGGAGGAGGAGGCGGCGGCGGUGGGGGCUGCGAAGGCGUGUUCAGGCCACGGAGCUGAGGAGAUGAAGCUGGAGCCACUACAAGAGCGUAAGCCCGCACCUGAGGAGAACUUGACGUGGAGCGGUAGCGACAGCGGCGACGACGAGAAGGUGCUCCCUUCAACCCCCCCUCACUGUCAGAGCAGUUCCUCUCCCCUUUGCCUGCGCCGCAAGCCCCGCCCUCGGCCCCAGCGCUGGGCCCGCUCCCGAGCCCGUCCCGGGACCUCGGCCCCACCUCUACCUCCAGCCCGUCCUCUUCCUCCACCUCAGUCCCAGCCACGGCCCUGGCGCAGAUCUCGGCGUAGAUCCCGGCUGGGUUCCAGGCCCCAGACACGGCGAAGCUGUUCUGGUGACCUAGGCGGCUCUGGGGAUCGAGGUGGCUUAGGGGACUGGUUACUGGAGUUGGAGUUUGAUCAGGGUCCCUCGGGCUGUUCUCAUGUGGAGAGCUUUAAAGUAGCCAAGAACUGGCAGAAGAACCUGCGGUUGAUCUACCAGCGUUUCGUUUGGAGUGGGACCCCAGAGACUAGGAAACGUAAGGCAAAGUCGUGCAUCUGUCAUGUAUGUAGUACCCAUAUGAACAGACUCCACUCUUGUCUCUCCUGUGUCUUUUUUGGCUGCUUUACUGAGAAACAUAUUCACAAACAUGCAGAAACAAAACAGCACAAUUUAGCAGUAGACCUCUAUCAUGGGGUUGUAUAUUGCUUUAUGUGUAAGGAUUACGUAUAUGACAGAGACAUAGAACAGAUUGCCAAAGAAACGAAAGGGAAAAUUUUGAAGUUAUUAAUUUCCAUCUCAACAGAUGUUUCUCAACAACAGUGUAUGACAUCAGGUGUUGAAGAGAAGCAAACAAUCUGUGAGUUAAAAGAACAGGAACCAAAACUGGUGAAACCCAAGAAAAAGAGGAGAAAAAAGUCAGUCUAUACUGUGGGCCUAAGAGGGCUAAUCAAUCUUGGAAACACUUGCUUUAUGAAUUGUAUUGUCCAGGCACUUACCCAUAUUCCUCUACUGAAAGAUUUCUUCCUCUCUGACAAGCACAAAUGUAUAAUGACAAGCCCCAGCUUGUGUCUUGUCUGUGAAAUGUCUUCGCUUUUUCAUGCUAUGUACUCUGGGAGCCGAACUCCUCACAUUCCCUAUAAGUUACUGCACCUAAUAUGGAUUCAUGCAGAACACUUAGCGGGAUACAGGCAGCAGGAUGCUCAUGAGUUCCUUAUUGCAAUAUUAGAUGUGCUGCAUAGACACAGCAAAGAUGAUAGUGUUGGGCAGGAGGCCAAUAACCCCAACUGCUGUAACUGCAUCAUAGACCAAAUCUUUACAGGUGGCUUGCAGUCAGAUGUCACAUGUCAGGCUUGCCAUAGCGUCUCUACCACAAUAGAUCCAUGCUGGGACAUCAGUCUGGAUUUGCCUGGCUCUUAUGCCACAUUCGGUUCCCAGAGUCCAGAGAGGGCUGACAGCACAGUGAGUAGGGAUGACCACGUACCAGGAAUCCCCUCACUCACAGACUGCCUGCAGUGGUUUACAAGGCCAGAGCACCUUGGAAGCAGUGCUAAAAUCAAAUGCAGUAGUUGCCAAAGCUACCAGGAGUCUACCAAACAGCUCACAAUGAAGAAAUUACCCAUUGUGGCCUGUUUUCAUCUCAAGCGGUUUGAACAUGUAGGCAAGCAGAGGCGAAAGAUUAAUACUUUUAUCUCCUUUCCCUUGGAGCUGGACAUGACUCCAUUUUUGGCCUCCACUAAAGACAGCAGAAUGGAAGGCCAGCUGCCAACAGAUUGUGCACCCAAUGAGAAUAAGUAUUCCUUGUUUGCAGUGAUUAAUCACCAUGGAACUUUGGAAAGUGGACACUACACCAGCUUUAUCCGGCAACAAAAGGACCAGUGGUUCAGCUGUGAUGAUGCUGUCAUCACCAAGGCUACCAUUGAGGACUUACUCUACAGUGAAGGAUAUUUACUAUUCUAUCACAAACAGGGUGUAGAGAAAGACUAGUUUUACCAGACCACUUACCAGAAAAAAGUAAAAGAAAUGAAUAGGUGAGGAUCCUGAAGUGACACACAAGCCUACCUGGAAUGGACAAGGACAAUACCAAUGCAACAACCAGCACCUCUUGAAGUAACACAAAAACCUCUCUGAAAUGGACAAUGACAAUAGCACCUAUAUGACAAUUAGCACCUUGAUAUAAAGAGCCUACUUUACCAUGGCCUAUGGAUCUAUAAGAGGAAGAAUACUAACUAAUGACCAGUCAGUCUUAAGAAAUGAAAGGAGGGAGAAGAGGUUGAAAAUGGUCACAUAAAGCAUAAUUGAAUGGAAAGGAUGCUUUAGGUGGGGAGAGUGAGACUAGAGAUGUUCUGACACUGCUAUAUGUCAUUUGUUUCUACACAAAUACUGUGAGAAGUCAGAGACUAUUCCUUCAUCAGCAAAAAGCUUCAUGACUGGUGUUCCAGCUAUGGCUGACCAGUCAAAUGAUUAGAAAAAAAGGAAAAUAUUUUAAAAGAAAUUCUAAAAAGCUUUAAAAGAAAAAUAUUUAAAAAAAAAAUUUUAAAAGAAAAGUAUUUUUAAAU